AUGUCUUUCGAGAAGCUUGCAUUGGAGCCCUUGUUCGCCAAGAUCGACGAGUUGAAGCCCCAGUUCAUUGACAGGUUGGCCAAGGCCAUUGCCAUCCCCUCCGUCAGCUCGGACGAGGCGCUCCGGCCCCGGGUGGUGGACAUGGCCGCGUUUUUGGUGGGCGAGCUCACGUCGUUGGGCUUUUCCGACAUCCAGUUGCGCGACUUGGGCAAGCAGCCGCCGCCCGUGGCCGACGAGAGCCUCCAGUUGCCGCCCAUUGUGUUGGCGCGUUUCGGCAACGACGCGGCCAAGAAAACCGUGUUGGUGUACGGCCACUACGACGUGCAGCCUGCGCUCAAGGAAGACGGCUGGGCCACGGACCCCUUCACGUUGCACCACGACACGGCCGCCGGCAUCUUGUACGGGCGCGGGCUGACGGACGACAAGGGCCCCGUGUUGGGCUGGUUGAACGUGGUCGAGGCCCACAACCAGUUGGGCUGGGAGCUCCCUGUCAACUUGGUGUGCUGCUUCGAGGGCAUGGAGGAGUCCGGCUCGCUCGGGUUGGACGGCUUGAUCGAGAAGGAGGCCAAGGCGUACUUCCAGACGGUCGACACCGUGUGCAUCUCCGACAACUACUGGCUCGGCACCACCAAGCCCGUGUUGACCUACGGCUUGCGCGGAUGCAACUACUACCAGGUGCUGGUCAAGGGCCCCGGCGCGGACUUGCACUCCGGCAUCUUCGGCGGCGUGAUUGCCGAGCCCAUGACCGACUUGGUGCAGGUGUUGUCCAGGUUGGUAGACGCCAACGGCAAGAUCUUGGUGCCCGGCGUCAUGGACAUGGUGGCGCCUUUGACCGACAAGGAGGACGCCUUGUACGACGACAUCGACUUCUCGCCCGAGGAGUUGCACGCCGCCGCCGGGUCCGAGACCGGCUUGCACGGCAACAAGAAGGACAUCUUGAAGCACCGGUGGAGAUACCCCUCCUUGUCCAUCCACGGCGUCGAGGGCGCGUUCUCGGGCGCCGGGGCCAAGACCGUGAUCCCCUCCAAGGUCGUGGGCAAGUUCUCCAUCCGGACCGUGCCGAACAUCGAGAGCAAGCAGUUGGACCAGUUGGUGUUCGACCACGUCAACAAGGUGUUCCUGGAGAUCGGCUCCAAGAACACCAUGGCGGUGGAGUUGAUCCACGACGGCGACUACUGGGUGUCGGACCCGUUCAACGAGUCGUUCACGGCCGCGUCCAGGGCCACCGAGCACGUGUGGAACGUCAAGCCCGACUUCACCCGCGAGGGCGGCUCGAUCCCCAUCACCUUGACCUUCGAGCAGCAGCUCGGCACCCAGGUGCUCUUGUUGCCCAUGGGCAGAGGCGACGACGGCGCCCACUCGAUCAACGAGAAAUUGGACGUGAGCAACUACAUCAACGGAUGCAAGACGCUUGGCGGCUACUUGCACUACUACGGCCGAAGCUGA